GGGCUGAUGUUUUUUGUCUCCUGGUGAAGUCCCAGUCCGUUUUGUAUACUUGUUAUACUUGUUAUACUUGCCUCAACAAGGCAUGUAGCAACUGUUAUUCACAAGGACUGUUGCUUUAUCAAAACAUUUAAGUACCUAAUUUGAAUGACUAACCCUCGAUAUUAUGAUAAGGGACAUUCGAUUACAUGGCGUCUAAUAAUACUGCUACAACUGGCGCCACGCAGAAUAAUAUUGGGCUGGAUAUAGCCGUGAGCAAGAGUGUCCAUUAUCACAUUAGCACGCAAACAACGACCGUAGCAGCCGCUCAGCAAUUUGGCAGUCCUCUCGAUACCCGAUACUCAUACAACCCACUACAAGAACUUAUCCAAGCGACUAAUAAUGCCGAUAUCCUAGCGAAGCGUUAUUAUGGCGAUAACAUCUACGAACAAGAAAAGGGGUGGAUUAGGACACAAUGGGGGGAUAUUAAAGAGAUAGUAAUGGGAGAUAUCACCAAGCAAGAUGGGGAACGCCCUACCCAACUAAGCACAAUCAUCGUGUGCCUUUCAGUCCAUCUAGGCAAGCGAUGGCUUAGCCAGAUCCUCGCAUCUGCUAUCAUGCUCUAUACCCACGGCCAGAUGGACAAGUCUAUGGAGGGUGUCAUGAGAGUGUUCCAGGGCAAGAUUGAUAAAUACGCAAAUUCGGUACUCAGUCGUGACGGAAUGUGCAACAAGCUUGAAAAUGUAAAAGUCAAAAUUCGUCGCCUGAUCCGAGAGAACGCGCCUCAUAUCAGAGACCAUACUCUAUUCCUACCACCCAGGACGUCAGCCGAGGAGAGUGACUUCGUGGAGUUCAUCGUCGAACUGUGGUCUGCUCAAGCUGAUGGAGAGAAGAUAUAUACAAGAUCUGUCAAGUUAUUAGCGUUGGCUCUUCUGCUUUCUGAAUACGGCUGGCAGAUCGACAUUCUUGUUGAGAAUGAUGAUCUGGAGAUGGUUCAUGUAAAAACGGAUACCGGGGCGCUGUCCGUAAUUUAUAGCUCUACUACCACCACGACCGACAAGGAUCGGAAAUACGUCGAAAACCACAAUCGGUACUCUAAGAUGUCAACGGGGUUUCAUAUUUUCUACCCAACUGCUUGCUGCCUGGCCGCACACAUGGGUGAAGUCACCGGCCGUUCGUUCUCAAGAACAGAGGAUGACCAAAAACAUUUUAUGUACGGUUAUAAGGCAGUUAACACAUUCUGUGAGAAACAUGUCGACCUUCAAGUCAAAGUUGGACCAAGUGGUCACAUUCGGCUAAUUUUCGAGUAUCGCACUUCGAUUUCUCCUAGGCUCUACCGAGAGGGUCUUGAAAUCGUUUUGAACCGGUGUGGGCCAUUAAAUACAACCUUCGAGUUUAAGAACUUUGUCGCUACGGUACUAUAUGGCGUGUUUCCAAACUACGACUGGAGAGAUCUUGACGACGAACUUAAGAAGCAACCUUAUCCAGAGGCGCCUUUCGCGACUAUGCUGUCAUACUCCGAAGGCAAGAAUGAGAAGCUUUGGAGUCUGACUGGGGCCAUAACCUGCACUUUGGAUAAGAUAAUCGAGUCCCUUGUCCACAUACCCAGCGACUCGCUCUUCAGAAUACCUGUAGGCCAGAGCCUUUCUUCAUAUAUUAGUGGCAGUGUCACACUACUCGAGAACCUCCUCAACCCUGAUAGUAGCAAAGGACUGGAGCCGGGAUGUGCCGUUCAACUGUGCGCGAUAAGACUUGCUGGUCUUGAAUCUGGGCGUCCAAUGGCCCAAUUCAGCCCAAACGAUAUAAUCAUAGGUUACUGGAAUGCUCAACAGGGGAUCCUUCUGACACCAAUCCUUGAGCGAACACUACUCUUUGACCUGCCCAUAGAGAAGUUCCGGCCACUAACGUUUUUCAAUACACCGAUAAUGGGUAUGCCGACUGAUGAAGGAGGCUGGAUUAAAGCAGGCACCGCGGAGUCUGCUCAUAUGCGAGAUAAACGGAAUUAUAGUCUCAAGUCAGCUCGGCAUUCCGAUAUCAUAACUGAAUAUCGCCCCAACUUCGAGAGCGACUCAACCACUGUCGUUGCAGCAGUAUACAUAGAUGGGAUCUUCUACAAUCUAUUGAGACUGAAUGAUACGAUAUCUGCCUCGUGGUAUACAGUUUCUCAGUGUCAAUGCAGCCAAACCAUGUCCCUAGAGGCUGAGCUCAAAGCAGCGUCAAAUGCUUUCAUGCAACCCUUCGAGUCCUUCGAACCAGGUGAAAUCUCGGUUCCUACAGAGGACGGCUUAGUCGUCGUCGUCGGUCCGCAGAUCAAUGAAGCUUCGAGAUUCUUUAGCUCGCUCGCUUACAAGGACAUGAAGCCUGUCAUACAAGAAGGCUGUUUAAGCUGUGCGUUGAGACGUGCAGGCGAGACAUAUUCUAGCGUUGUGAUACCAAGGCUUGAACCUCGGAAGUGGGAUGUAGGUCCUUAUAAUAGACGGAAAGCCAUAUGAAGCUGCAGCAGUUUCCUAUAGCAAAGCCGAUUAAUUGUGUGGGUGUGGUCAUAUUAAUGCACUGCUUGGGUGGUGAUGCUGGGUUUGGCAGCCCCUUUUUGAAUUAAGUGGACCAUUUUUUGUCUUGAAUCACAACUGACAUGUUCAUCCCGAAACUGUCUAUAGAGCCUAGAUUCUACUAGAAAUCAAGCCGUACAGCGUCAUUUAUGAAGUUAUUAGAAACCACCCUUCGUACAUUAUAUUAACUACUGCAUGUAAUUAUUC